AUGGAAAAUUAUAAUCAAACAUCAACUUAUUUCGUCUUACUGGGGUUGUUCCCAUCUUCAAGAAUUGGCCUAUUUCUUUUUAUUCUCAUUGUUCUCAUUUUUCUAACGGCUCUAUUUGGUAACCUCUCCAUGAUCCUUCUCAUCUUUCUGGACACCCAACUUCAGAAACCCAUGUAUUUUCUACUCAGUCAGCUCUCUCUCAUGGACCUGACCUACAUUUCCAACAUUGUACCCAAAAUGGCCUAUGAUUUUCUAUUUGGAAACAAGUCUAUCUCCUUCAUUGCAUGUGGGAUACAGAGCUUCUUUUUCUUGACUUUAGCAGGUGCAGAAGGAUUGCUCUUGGCUUCUAUGGCUUAUGAUCGUUAUGUGGCCAUUUGCUUUCCUCUUCACUAUCCCAUCAAAAUCAGUAGAAGAGUAUGUGUAUUUAUGAUAAUAGGAUCUUGGCUCCUGGGCUCAAUCAACUCCUGUGCCCACACCGUAUAUGCUCUCCAUAUCCCUUAUUGCCGAUCCAGGACCAUCAAUCAUUUCUUCUGUGAUGUUCCAGCCAUGUUGACUCUGGCCUGCAUGGACACCUGGGUCUAUGAGUACACAGUAUUUGUGAGCACCAUCAUCUUUCUUUUGUUGCCUUUCACUUGUAUUGUAUUUUCCUAUGGCCGUGUUCUCCUUGCUGUGUAUCGAAUGCACUCAACAGAAGGGAAGAAGAAGGCCUAUUCAACAUGUAGCACCCAUCUCACUGUGGUAACUUUCUACUCUGCACCAUUUGCUUACACUUAUCUCCGUCCAAAAUCUCUGCGUAGUCCAACAGAGGACAAGGUUCUUGCUGUCUUCUACACCAUCCUUACCCCAACGCUCAACCCUGUUAUCUAUAGCAUGAGAAACAAGGAGGUGAUGGGGGCCUUGAGAAGAGCAAUUCAGAGAAUCUGUUUUGUGAAAAUGUAA